GCAUCACCGAAAAAUAACCACAUGAUGGACAACGGAAAAGCCUGCAGCGCGCGCACGGCACCCACCAGUAGGCCCCUCACCCACAUGAAUGAAUCACGCCAACACACACGAUGAAUGCCCCCACCUUCACACGACUCUCCUGUCACGUGCUGUCCCCAUUCAAGAAGCCGUCAUCUGCCGACUGCACGCUCACGAUUAUCCCGCCAGAGCCAGAGCCGCCAUCAUCAGGGCACGUGAUGGUGAUGUCCGUCUCAAAGCCGAUCUCACAAAUGUUACUCACCAGCACGGCAUAGAAGCCCGCCUCAGGGAGAUAGAUGGGCAGCGUGUUGAUGCCUCUUGUUUGGUCGUGCCAGAUCUCCCCCCGCCAGACGGACGGCUCCCUGGCCAUGCCCGUCUCACAGCCACGAUACACAAACACGCCCGUGUGCUGCUUGCUCUUGCUGUUGUGGUAGGUCACAUCCAAGUGGGUGGGCUGAUCCAACUCCACAAGAAACAGCCGCUGCGCCAGCGACGAUUUGUUUGGGGCGUCGCAAGAGAGAUCGAACACCGGCAAGGGGCCGUCCAAGAGGUGAGACUGGAAGGUCACUCGCUUGCCGCAGAUGGCCUGCGGUCCGUUGGGGAUCAUGUUGGUGACGAACCUGCUGUGCGUGGGCUCCAGAAGGCUCAAAGGGCAGCCAGCUGAUCGAAUGCCAGGCAAGAGACAAAGGGAAGCGCGUCUUUCGGUGGGGAGCUACAGAUGGAUGGCGCCGCGUCUGUGCGUCCAUGUGUGCGUACGUAUGGGUAGCUGGCGUGUGCCGGGCUCCAAAGCGAUGAACGGCAGUUCCUCUUCGCCCACAAAUCUCCACGAUGGUGGCAUCUCCACUGGAGGCCGGCGUUGCAAUGGAGGGACUGCGAAAAACACAGAAACACCAAGGUAAACAUGGGGUCGACACCCGAAAGCAUGCUGACUCGAGAGGUGCCCUUCUCACCCACCGCUCGUAGCGCAGUUCCUCUUGAAGUCGGCGCCGUCAAUGAUGAUGGCGUUAGAAGGGAGCGGGGGAUUGAUCAUGGCCGCGAGACUCUUCCCCGCCCUCACCUCGCCCGUGUGGUCGUCGUAGCUCAGUGUCGCAGAUGCCCUGGGGCUGCUCACCGUCAGCACGUCAGCACGGCAAGACUCGUCAGUGUUGAAACCGAAACCCAAUAUUAUGUCGGCCAAGUCAGGGGUGCCGCUGCCGGAAUCCUCGACGAACACGUGAACGCCAUGCGUCUCGCUCUUUGCACUAAUCGUGAGCAGGAUGGUGUCUCGCUGCCGAUCGUCUUCACCGGUCAGCCGGGGCGCUCCGCGGACCUCCAGAGUGACUAGGGCUGGCAGCGUGCCGUCAAUGACGAUGUAGUCCCUGCCAUUGCCACCGAGCACGCGGACGGUCGAGGUCGAGGAGGUGCUGUCAACGGUAACAUGAAGGCAGUCGUUGCCAUCCUGGCCAUCGGUCACCACAUUGCCGCCCUCAUCCGAGACAGCGACCACCAGGGAGUCGUCAUCCGCUGUGCCGACGCACGGCGACGUGUCGGUGGCCGUGCAGGCUCUCUCAUCCACAGCGGCCUUGGUCAGACACACCGGGAUGUCGGCUGAAUUGAAGACACGGACCAAACGGCGCAAUGAGCAGAUGACGGUUGGUUGACGCAUCCAAUCAUACGUGCACACAUGACAUGCCCACCGAGCGAGACGGCAGCAGCGAAUGCAUCUACAAGACCAUAACCAGUUUGAUUAUCGCGGCCAACAGAGAAGUCGCCUUGGCCGAAGUGCGUGUGCUUGAUGUUAUCGUUCAUGUCGUGAGCGGUGCUGGUCAGCACAUCCCAGACCUGAGCGGGAGUCAGGUCGGGCUGCCAUUCCUUCAGCAGAGCCGCAACGGCCGCCACGUGGGGCGCUGCAGCGCUCGUGCCAAAGAAGUUAGGCCACUCUGAUCGGGACCAGCGCGAAAGACAACAAUGCACACAGAUGGCGCGAAAGGGAGUUUUCUGUUUCCCUCACGUGGAUUGUCUCCAGGCAGCUUCCCGAGGAAGGUCGUGUGCGCUCCAUCCUGAUUCGAUUCGAUACACAGCCACAUUGAGCAAGCCAUGUCCCUCCCCCCCCGCUCUGUCGUCCUUACCGCAGCCGAAACGUCGGGCUUUUUGCGUAUCUCGUGGACUGGUUCACCCUGCUUGUUGAAGAGAAUGGGUGUGCCCCCAUGUGAUGUGAACGGCUCAGCAAGCGCAGUUGUGAACUGUCCGAACCGUGGUGUGUCGGCAUACUGAGAUGACAACCGCACACAACAGACAAACACAAGAUGUAUGCGCCUGCCGUGAUCGCUGUUUAUCCGUCUGUGUCUUACGUACGUAGGCAGCUGCACAGCUUAUUGCCCCGGGCGCGUUCGGAUGUCCAUAGAUGGUGGGAGAGGAACCAGUGAAGUAUGUUAGGGGGACGGCAUCGUUGUCAGAGAAGAGCAAAUAACGCAUAAGGGAUGGGGGACGACCCUUGUGCAGACCAAUGCGCAGCUUGAAGGUGAUGUCAGGGCCCAGACUCUGAUAAGCGAGGAACUCAUGAGCAUCCCUGCCGAUGUUGUCGUCAAUGCCAGUUCCUGUCGAAUACGGCAGCAGCGAAUGCGGCCACAAGGCCGGAGCCAGUCUGGUUGUUUCCUUUCACUCACCUGUCUGGCCGUUGAGCAGGUUGUCAUCCAUGUCGAACAGCAACAGGUCGAUGUCUGAGCCCGAGCCUUUGGCACCUCCUGUGGCGGAGAACCAGGGCUCGCUCCUGUAUGGCAAUCAAUCAGCACAUGUAUCAUCCAUCCACUCCGUCACGUUCUACGAGUCACUGACCACUGAAGAACCAUUUUCAGCGCGCCCCUGACGGGUAACAUGAUGACCUGCAUUGCAUCCAUGAGGACAGACAAUCACGUGAAAGUGGGAGAAAAGGAGCAGAGGUACCUGGUAGUCCACAACCGCGUCAGUGGGGUCCCAAUCAUGCAUCGUAUAUGAGACUCGUCCCACCCUGCGUUGCCCUCCGUCCCUGAAAGGGGCCUGAUAUGCAUUCACACCGUCACUGCACACAAGCACAAAAAAUGGAGUCAACAAACGGACAUUCAGUCAGUCAGCAAGCGAUACAUCGGCCUUUGACGCACACACAUACUUGCCAGCUGCCGAUACGUAAAUGACGCCCAUGUCGCUGGCUUCCUGUGCUGCUUCGGCAACAAUGCCGUCCUGCAGAAACCAACACAUAGAUAGAUGGGAGGCAUCGGUUUGCGGACUGCAGGGCUCCCUCAUCUUCUCACCAUAAAGAAGGGCUGGGCGUUGUAACCGAUCUAAAAAACACGGAACGGAAACAAGAGAGUGAUUCCUGCUCGCAUCUCUGGCUGGUUGAGCGACGAGGGACUCGAGUACUACAGCUACGAAUUGUGCCUUGCAUACGUCGUCAACAACGAUAUCGUUGGACUGGGCCAGGCGAAGGAUGUUACGUGCAAAGCCAGCUGUUCCGCCGUGCGCAGUGAUGAACGAAAGCUGCGCGGCAGGUGCCAAAUCAUGGAUCAACUGAGCCAUUGCUGACAGACAAAAGCACCACUCACUACCACCAGUCUCAGUGUGUCCAAUUUUCGUUUCUGCUGACCUCUGCCUUCAUCUUUAUCGCCGGAAUGGCCGUCUUGCAGCACCGUGACGCCUUCUUGCGGCAGAUCACCCGUCGCGAUGUCCCUCGCCGCCGACGUAGCAGCGGCCGUGGCAGCGUCAAACGAGUCAGAUAGAAUCCCUAUCCUUUGCCCUCGCCCCGUCAGCCCUAGCGUCAUCCGAAGGUGGUCGACAUGCUGGGCUGUGUCGCUCUGGGACGUCGCCAGGCCCUUCGCUUCAUCGAGGCUGUGCAGUGAUGCGAACGCCCCUCGUAAGACGACAAAGCUGCGCUGUGCGUAGUGGAGCUCAGGCAGGGAGGGCAGCUUGUCGACGGCCGAGAUGGGAAGCAGGCCCGAUACCACCUGAGUACAAGCAGCAAGAUGAGAUCCAUAUGAAGCAUAUCUAAAGAAUCCUCCUCUUAUGUCGUCUCACACACAUUCUUGAAGGCCGUGCCGUUCUGGAGCCCCAUUUCCUCCAGGUCGGCCAGCAGCUUGGAGGCAUCCGCCUCGCUCUUUGUCGUGAAGUCAGCAGUCACGAGGUCUCCAGGUCGAAACGUCGUGAAGCCGUCCGGCUGCACCUGCUCUUGGCCAGCAUCAUCUGCUCGCCUCUUCGGGUCAAUGCCAUUGCGACGUCGAGGUCGGAUGACGGUCGCGGGUGCACGGACCCCACCAUCUUCCUCUUUGAUGCCAAUCAGCGACGAGAGGGUCCAGCUGAGUUUCCCAUCGAUAGCAGCUUGUUCGGCAGUCACUUGGUCCCCACCGAACUUCGAGAGCGGUCUGAUGCUGAGCGUGGGGUGCCACAGGGUGAACACAAUCGUCACGACGACGAGAAAAGCCAUCUCCAGUGAACAUGCCCCUGGAUGGAAAGUCAAAGCAGCCGUUAACGUCGCUUUGGGCAGUUAACGUGGAUAAUCAGGAUGUGUGCGCAGCAAGGGAAUGUAAGCUCCGGAGAGCCAUAUUUGUUUUUUUUGUGUGUUG